UAAAAUUUCUCUUUCCUAAAAUUGAUUCUUACCAAACUGGUCAAAUCCUUAUAGAUCGAGUCUAUUGGGCUUACCCUCCAAUCAUCUCCCAUUUCUUCCUCUUCCCUUUCCUCUCCUCUUCUUACUAUAUAAAUAAAUUCCCAAUCUCUCUCUUUUCUUUCCUUUUCUAAACUGCAUACAGACAACAUAUUUAGAAACAAAACACCUAACUAUGGGACGCUCUCCUUGUUGUGAAAAGGCUCAUACUAAUAAAGGUGCUUGGACUAAAGAUGAAGAUCACCGUCUUAUUGAUUAUAUCCGUCUUCAUGGCGAAGGCUGCUGGCGUUCCCUUCCUAAAUCUGCCGGUUUGCUUAGAUGCGGCAAAAGUUGCAGGUUACGGUGGAUUAACUACCUUCGUCCUGACCUUAAACGUGGCAAUUUUACUGAAGAAGAAGAUCAACUUAUCAUUAAACUCCAUAGUUUGCUUGGCAACAAGUGGUCCCUAAUUGCUGGAAGAUUACCCGGGAGAACAGAUAAUGAGAUUAAAAAUUACUGGAAUACCCAUAUUAAGCGUAAGCUUAUCGGCAGAGGCCUCGACCCACAAACCCACCGCCCGUUUAACUCCCCCACGGCCAAUGAAACUGCCGCCGCUUUAACAACCGCCGAUGUAAAAAAAUCGCCCGAAUGUUUAGGAUGUGUUAAAGCGGUGAAUAACCCACCAAUCAUUACUCAAUUCGGAGCCGUUUCUCAAACGAUCGACUUCAACAACAGUUACCCAGACGUCACUUCCACCAAGGUGAAGAGCGACUCUUGCAACAGCGGCACAACCACGGAUGACGGGCCAACAUACCGGGUUCCGGGUCAGACCAACAUGGGCCAAGAGGACAUUAACCUAGAGCUCACAAUCGGGCUUUCUAAGUUUCAAGGUGAGGCCCGUAACUCCACAGCGAGCAGUGCGGAGUCUAGAGUUGUGGGUCUAAAUUCAAGUCCGAGCCCGUUUGGGUUAUUUUAUGAGCCCAUGAAAGUGGAAAUGGUGGGAUCAAAUAAAGGGCAAAAUGGGGAAAUAUGUUCAUGUAGUGAGUUAGGGUUUGAGAUGAAUAGUAAAGGACAAGGAGGUUGUUGUAGUAAUUGUCAAAGGAAAAGUGGGUACUUGAUUUCUAGAUACAUUGGGCCGUUGUUGGGUUCAUAAGAAAUGAAUUGCUAAUAACCUUUUGUUAUAAAUGCUUUCUCACUAUAUUACUAACUCAACUUCCCCCAACCAAAUUGUAAUAAAUUUUGGGGGUCCCAAAUAUUUUGAUUUUUUGUCUUUUGUCCUGUUACAACUUACAAUGGGAAUUCAAGAAAACCUUACCUCA